AUGCCAGGCAAAAGGAAGCGACCCCACUAUGAUAUCGACUUCACGCUUCGACGUGUCUUUGGAAAGCGUUGCUUCAGACCAGUCCAACGCGAAGUCAUUACCGCAACGCUCGACGGCGAGGAUGUCUUUCUGCAGGCUGCGACAUCGUUUGGGAAGAGCUUGUGUUUCCAACUACCAGCUAUCGUCGAUUUUGGUAUCACCAUCGUGAUAUCACCGCUUCUGGCCCUAAUGAACAACCAAGUUGCUUCCAUGCGAAAGGCGAAUAUCCGGGUAGAAACAAUCAACAGCACCACCACGCCUAGUAACAAAAAGAGGAUAAUUGAGGACCUCCAAUGCGGCCAUCCUAUGACUCGACUUCUCUAUGUUACCCCGGAGUACUGUCAACUGGACUCCUUCCGAAAACUCCUCCGCGUCAUCCACUCCCAGCGUGAGCUUGCACGCAUAGCUGUCGAUGAAGCCCAUUGCGUCAGCGAAUGGGGCCAUGACUUCAGACCUUCGUUCCAGCAACUGUCAUUCUUCAAGACAGAAUUCCCGGAUGUUCCCAUCAUCUGCCUCACAGCUACGGCCACAGCACGUGUCCGAGACGAUAUCAUCAACAUGCUAGGCUUAGACUCCUCAAAGUUGAAGAUGUUCCGAAUGACCACUAGUCGACCGAACUUACACUAUGAGGUCCGUUUCAAAUGCGAUGAAGAAGAUCACUACCCCGACUUCCUCUCCUGGCUAAAAGCUGCCCAUGCGCGGCGCGCUUCAAAUCCCGAACGAGCCUCCCAACUAGCAGACCAAAACCAGCGCGCCGAUAACGUCUCAGGCAUCAUCUACACGCUUUUUCGCAAAGACUGCGAAUCGUUAGCCGCCCGUCUCCGCGCCGACGGUAUAGGCGCCAAACCCUACCACGCCGGGCUGCCACACACCGAACGCGCCGAUGCUCUCGCAGGCUGGGUCGCGAACAAGGAAGGCUACGACGUCAUCGUCGCAACUACAGCUUUCGGCAUGGGCAUUGACAAGGAAAACGUACGUUUCGUAGUGCACUGGCAGAUCCCAAAAUCCUUCGAGGGCUUCUACCAAGAAGCCGGGCGCGCCGGGCGCGAUGGGAAAGCUUCCGUCUGCAUCCUGUAUUACGGACGCGAGGACCGUGAUCGCGCGGCGUCAAUGAUGGCGAGGGACCAGGCGCGGCAGCCGCAGAAGGGCACGGGUGUGGCGGCGCAGCAGCAGCAGUUGAUGAACCGUGCGAAGAGUCUGCAGGCGCUGGUAGGGUUCUGUGAGGCUACGGAUAAGUGUCGGCAUCGGCUGAUUGCGAGAUACUUUGCUGAUGAGGGCGAGACACCGUGUGAUUUUGCGUGCGAUUGGUGUAAGGAUGCGGUGGGGCUGGUGAGGAGGAAGGAGAGGGGCUUGGCGAGUGAGGAGUGGUGUUCGACGCAAAGGGAGAUGGGUAGGUAUGAUAUUGACGAGUAUGAGUAG